UCCUCUUUUACUUCUAUUAAACCUCUAAAACCCCCACAUUUUUCUCCAUCUACAACUCUCUUUCAACUACUCGGCUGCAAAUCGACGGGUUCUUCGGUGUGGUUUUUACUGGAAAAAUGGUGGAGGGAGGUAAGGGAUCGGUGUUUCCGGUGAUAUUUUUCGACGGGGAGAGGGAGAUGAACAUUGGCAACAUCAGAAUUCAACCGACGCUGGUAUUCAAGCCUUUUCAGUUGAUGAUCAGUGAGAGAAUCGGGAUUUCACCGAAUCAGAUUUCAAUUUACUUAUGUGAUCGUAAAGGCUCUAAUAAUAGGUUCGAGGAUCGAAGGAAAAUGCCUGUCACAGGUAAAGCGAAUUUCGCUGUGAUUUCUCGUGAGAAGAAUUGUUUCUUCCUUGUUGUCAUGAAGCGUUCUAAGAAAGCACGGAACAGGAAGAUGAAGUCUAACAGCAUGGAGUUCGGAGAGUUUUUGGAGGAAACUGUGUUUUCACAUCUCUCUUCGUCGGAGAAUCUGAUUCUCCUGCGUCGAAACCAGACGGAAGUGAAUCAGUUAUAUGAUCGAAUUACGCAGAUGGAAUUGACGAGCAUGAAUGAACGUGUGCAGAAUCUACAGCUCCAGAGGGAAACUUUCGAUCUAGUAAUGCAGAAUUCGAAUCCGAAUCUGAUGCAUUUGAAUAAUCCGAGUUCAUUCCCGAGGAUCCAAGAUACUUUUCCGACGAAGAAAUCACUCUGCUAUGAAUGUGCGAAUACGAGCUCCAACGGCGAAACGCCGACGUUCCACCACUGCAACAACGACGCUGUGCUUGUUGGUUCGUUCAGGAGCCGUUCUGGACCGAUUAAUCGGCCUGCAAAACAAUCUCUGUGAAACCGUUACGCCUUUCUUGUGUACAGACUACAGAAUUAGGCAGAAGUGGUAUAAUCAGCUGCGCUAUGGUACAUGGUAUGUUUUAGUUAGCCUAAAAAAGAGCAAAAUAGAUUAGCAAAAAUAGAAAUUACAGACGUGAAGAAUGUCAAUUAGUACAUAAAUUGGCUUAGGAUAAAUACAAUUGACUGGUGGAUAGAGGAGGUUGGCGCAACUGUUGAAUUCGGAUAAAUAAGCUUUGACGCAAUUUUUAAAGUUCCGACAUAUGUAGCGUGCUUGCAUUUAUCCAUCCUAUUAUUGGUAUGAAUAAGAUGUCUCGAAAAUGUUUGAUAA